AUGAAGUACUACCAGUUCCCCGCUUCUCACACUGUUUCCCUUCGCGCUUAUGGCCAGGACAAGUGCAAGAGUGCGGUUUCUCAAAAGCCCAUCCGCAGCGUGCAUUUCCCCAAUGAAAUAGUUUUCCAGGACUUUGUGCGGCAUGGUGAGCUGGAGAGGAUUGGACGCUUCAUCCGAGCAAGAAGGGUUACUCUAGAUGCCAUCUACCCCUCUGGUAUGGCUGCCAUCCACGAGGCUGUUCUGUCUGGUAAUCUAGAGUGCGUGGAGCUGUUGGUCCACUACGGCGCAGACAUCCACCAGAGAGACGACGAAGGCUGGACGCCGCUGCACAUGGCCUGCAGCGACGGCUUUCCUCACAUAGCACGUUAUCUUCUCUCGUUGGGCGCUGAUCCUAAUCUGGAAAAUGAUUGCGGGGAGAAGCCGUGUGAUCUAAUCGACCCAGAGAACAAGGAACUACUGGACCUGUUUGGUAUUGUUGAUAACGACUGA